ACCACCCCGACCUGCGCUUCUGGUCUUCUGCUCCGCCGCACCUCCGACCCAUCCUCCUCUCUCUCACCCCCACUUCUCCAGAUCUACUCCACUGCCGCCUCCAAUGGCGUCUCCAGCAGGAAACCCUAAUCCGAACCCCGGGAACACCAAUCCCCCCUUCGAGAUGGCCAUGCUCUUCAGGCCGCCUCCCAACCCCGCGCCGACCGCCGCGCCCAUGUUCCCCGGCGCCGCCGGCCCGCCGCCGCACUCCGGCCCCUACUCCUACCCCCCCGCCACCCCUCCCUUCCACCUCCGCCCCUACCUCCACUACCCGCAGGAUCCCCAGCCCCCCAUGCCCCGACCGGUCAUCCCCUUCCCCAUGCCCAACCCGAACGCGAACCCCAACCCGGGCGCUAACCCCAUGGCCGCCGCGGGCCCCAACCCCGGCGCCCGCCUCAUGCAGCUGCUCGGCAGCUCCGGCUCGGGCCACCUCGAGUCCGCGGUAUCUAUGCCCCCACCGUCGUCGGAGUUCGCCGCCGCGCAGCCGUCGCCGCUCCCGGCGAUGCCAUCCGCGCCGCCGGCGAGGAUGCUCAGCAGCACCAGCAGCAAGGUGCCGAGAGGGCGGCUUCUGGGUGGCGGGGACAAGGCGGUGCACAACGUUGACUCGAGGCUGCCUGGGGAGGCGCAGCCGCCACAGCUGGAGGUAACGCCGAUCACCAAGUACACGUCAGACCCAGGUCUUGUGCUGGGCAGGCAGAUCGCUGUAAACCGGACGUACAUCGUCUAUGGGCUCAAGCUGGGGAACAUCCGUGUGCUAAACAUCAACACCGCGCUUCGGUCACUGCUCCGUGGCCAUACACAGAGGGUCACGGACAUGGCUUUCUUCGCUGAGGACGUCCAUCGUUUAGCAAGCGCAAGUGUGGAUGGACGGAUAUACGUGUGGAGGAUUGAUGAGGGGCCUGAUGCAGAAAAUAAACCACAAAUUACAGGAAAGAUAGAAGUUGCCAUACAAAUUGUAGGUGAUGCCGAAGCUUACCAUCCAAGGAUAUGUUGGCACUCUCAUAAGCAAGAACUUCUGUUUGUUGGAAUCAGAAACUGUGUCUUAAGAAUAGACACAACUAAAGUGGGAAGGGGAAGAGACUUUAAUGCUGAAGAACCUAUCAAAUGUCAUCUUGACGAGCUUAUUGAUGGUGUACUCUUGGUUGGUAGGCAUGAUGGUGAUGUGACAGAUUUGUCCAUAUCUCAGUGGAUGACUACCCGACUCGCUUCAGGAUCAAAUGAUGGCACGGUAAAGGUUUGGGACGAUCGCAAGUUAGCGCCUCUAUCGAUUCUAAAGCCACAUGAUGGUCAAGCUGUUUACUCAGUUGCCUUUCUUACAGCACCUGAGCGCCCGCAUCAUAUAAAUCUCAUCACUGCUGGUCCUCUAAACCGAGAAAUUAAAAUUUGGGCUUCUACUAAUGAAGAAGGUUGGUUGUUGCCAAGCGACUCUGAGACUUGGAAUUGCACCCAGACCCUGGAACUUGUUAGUUCUCGGGAACCUAAAGUCGAGGAGGCAUUUUUCAACCAAGUUGCAGUGCUGCCUCAAGCAAGCAUUAUCUUACUUGCGAAUGCGAAGAAGAAUGCUAUUUACGCUGUGCAUGUUGAGUAUGGCUCAGACCCCGCUUCUACCCGCUUGGAUUAUAUCGCAGAUUUUACAGUCGCGAUGCCUAUUUUAAGUCUUACUGGCACACACGAAAGCCAACCUGAUGGUGAGCAGGUAGUUCAAGUCUAUUGUGUCCAAACAAUGGCCAUCCAGCAGUAUGGGCUGGAGUUAUCACUUUGUUCACCUCCUACUUCUGAUACUACCUCAUUUGGAAGAGACCCUGUUGUUUCACGUGUUUAUGAUACACCUCUGGAAGUGGUAGGAGCAGAGUCAUCCACGGGAACUAGCUUUACAGAUUCUUAUACCGUCGGUACUUCGAGUAAACAAUCAACUUUUGAUCAGACUGCAGAGUUUGAUCUUAAGCCAUCAGCUCCACCACUUACAUACACAGAAGGUGAUGGUUCUGCGCAUCUUCAGUCUGCCCCUCUUGCAUCAAACACUGAUCUUCCUGGAUCAGGACCAUCAGUAGGCAACCGUGACAAAGACCAAUCAGCUUUUGAUUAUUCGACAAGCCGAAUCACUGAGCCAGUUGCCUUGACUAGGCAAGAUACACCCAUGCCAAAACCAGUUGCCCUCGCUAGGCAAGAUACACCCAUGCCAAAACCAGUUGCCCUUGCUAGGCAAGAUACACCCAUGCCAAAGGACAAUUUUGGAAAGGAUGAAUUAAGAGACAGCCACAGUGAUGUUCAGAUGCUCCCAAAUCCUCGCAUGAUGUUUAAGGUAGGAGGAAAUGCCACUCAUCUCAUAACUCCAUCUGAAAUUAUAUCAGGUGCUCUGUCUGCUGAAAGCAAUCAGGUCUCUAAAUCUGAUGGCGCAAAAAUCCAGGAUGACUCUAUUAGUAGCCCUCGGAUUGCAGAAGUGGAAGCAAAACAUGUCGAUGAGAGUAAAUCUAAUCAUGCUUUGGAACUUGAAGCUGUCAAGGAAGCUCAAGUUGUCCGUGAGAACUCAGAGAAAGAUCAAAAUUCGUUGGAGCAAACUGUUGAAAUGAUCAGUGAGCGUUCAGUAACAACUGAUAAGUAUAGCGUGGAAGAAUCACGGUCACCAUCUGAUAGACUGGUCCCUGACCAUACUGGUGCUGCUGGAGAAAAUGUUUCAAACAAAACCGUAGAAAAACCUGGCAUAAGUGACUCCUCUGUCUCUAGGGAGCAAUCAUCUUCAUAUACAAAGGACAAGGUUUUUCAUCCUCAAGCAUCUGGUCAGUCAUCACCUUCUACAAGCGCAUUUAACUCAACUGAGUCUUCACAUGAACCUGUCAGCAGUGCAUACCCUCCUAUUGAAUCCUCUUCAGAAGUUGCCGAUAUGCUGCAACAGCUAAUAGCCAUGCAGAAGGAUAUGCAGAAGCAGCUAGGUACUAUCGUUAUUGCUCCCAUUGCGAAGGAAGGCAAAAGAAUUGAAACAUCACUAGGCCGUACAAUGGAGAAAUCUAUCAAGGCUAGCAUUGAUGCCUUGUGGGCCCGUUUCCUGGAGGAGAACACAAAACGUGAGAAGGCUGAAAGGGAACGAAUGCAGCAAAUGACCACUCUCAUCACAAGCUCAAUAAACAAGGACCUUCCUGCUAUGUUGGAUAAGUUAGUAAAGAAAGAAGUUUCUUCACUUGGACCUGUUGUUGCACGGGCAAUGACACCUAUUAUUGAGAAGUUCUUAACCUCUAUAGUUGCUGAUGCAGUUCAGAAAGCGGUGGGUGACAAGGUGGUGAAUCAGCUGGACAAAUCUGUUACUGCAAAACUUGAAGCUACACUUGCUAGGCAAAUCCAAAUGCAAUUUCAUACAUCUGUAAAACAGACUCUUCAGGAUGUUUUACGCACUAGCUUUGAAUCAUUGCUUGUUCCAGCAUUUGAACAAUCAUGUAAGACAAUGUUUGAGCAAGUAGACAGUGCAUUCCAGAAAGGAAUGUCUGAGCAUGCUGUUGCUAUUCAGCAGCAGGUUGAGGCAGCACAUACUCCAUUGGCGCUUACUUUAAAGGAAACUAUCACUUCUGCGUCCUCAAUCACCCAGAAUCUCACAUCAGAGUUACUUGAUGGGCAUCGCAAACUUUUGGCGCUGGUUACAUCUGGCAACGCCAAUGCGCAAAAUACAAAUGUUCUGCAGCCCAACAAUGGUCCUAUCACUGGCCCACCAGAGGUCGAGGCACCAUUAGACCCGAUGAAGGAGCUGGGAAGACUGCUAGCUGAACACAAAUUUGACGAGGCUUUUACAGUAGCACUUCAAAGAAGUGACGUGUCAAUUGUGUCUUGGUUAUGCUCUCAGGUUGAUUUGCGUGGAUUAUGUACAAUGGCCCCAGUCCCUCUGAACCAGGGAGUCCUCCUAGCCCUACUCCAGCAGCUAGCAGUUGAUAUUGGCACCGAGACAUCCCGGAAAAUUCAGUGGAUGACAGAUGUUGCCAUGGCGAUCAAUCCGACAGACCAAGUCAUCGCCAUACAUGUGAGGCCCAUCUUCGAGCAAGUCUACGCCAAAUUGGCUCACCACCGGUCGCUCCCCACCACCAGUCCAUUGGAUAACAGCAAUCUCCGCUUGCUCAUGCAUGUCAUCAACUCAGUUCUGCUUAGCUACAAGUGAUUCUAGCUGGCUGCAGAAACAGUGGGGUGGUAUGAUGGUCUAUUCUUUCUUUGUAUAGAGAGAAAAUUUUGAAAAGCAAGGGAAACCUAGAAGGACGAUGAAAACUGUCACCAAGAAAAAUUGUUAAGGGCUGAUGUGCCCGCCCCCUGGUGUAAAUUAGGCUUGUAUCGGACUUAAAUUGGAGUAUUUCCAUGUGGACUGUCUACAAGUCUCUUUGUUCUUGAGCACACAGUCGUCCUUUGUAGCUCCAAGUUUUGAUAGUGGUAGCAGCCGCUUGCAGUGGUGAGUGGCUGUUGCUUUCACCCAAAAUAUGAUUGAUGUUGUUUCA